UACAUUUUAGUUUGGUUAUUAUAUUUUAAUAUACGUACAGUUAGGUACUGCUUAAAAGUGUAUGUUUCCUCAUACAAUUUUUAUAGUGAUUUCACUUUUUGGGUGCAAAGUUAUUAUUGGUGUAUUUAUAAUAUAUAAAAUCGAGUUUGAUCAAAUAUGGAAGCACAACAAGAAAUUGACGAGGACACGUGUAAAAUAGAAAUAGUGGAUAAUCACCUAGAUGAUGCUCUUUUGGAAGGCUUUAAAUGUGAAAUUCAGGAAGAAUCAAAUACUGAAGAACAACAUGGGAAUAAAACUAAUCCAUUCAAAGAAAACCAAGAAACUGAAAAAGAUUGUCCCCAAGAGAAUAACAUGGAAAUUAUGGAGACACUAGAUGAACAUUCAUUUCUGGAAGAAAAUGACGUGAAUGCACAUGCCGAAAGAAAAACAUUAAACAAAAGUGUGAAAGUUGUGACUGCAAAAAAACUUCACAAGUGUGAAAUUUGUUUUAAGCAAUUUAGUCAGGAAGGUAAUUUGAAGAGACAUUUGAGGGUGCACACUGGGGAAAAACCUCACAAGUGUGAAAUUUGUUUUAAGCAAUUUAGUCAGGAAGGUAAUUUGAAGAAUCAUUUGAGAGUGCACACUGGAGAAAAACCUCACAAGUGUGAAAUUUGUUUGAAGCAGUUCACUAAGGCAAAUAAUUUGAAAGUACAUCGGAGAGUGCACACUGGAGAAAAACCUUUCAAGUGUGAAAUUUGUAUAAAACAGUUUAUAUCUAUUCAGAAUUUGAAAGAACAUUUGAGACUGCACACUGGAGAAAAAAAUCACAAGUGUGAAAUAUGUUUUAAACAGUUUUCUCGAAAACCUGAUUUGAAUGGACACAUGAAAAUUCACACUGGAGAAAAACCUCACAAGUGUAAAAUUUGUUUUAAGAAAUUUAUUACCGCAAGUCAUUUGAAAUCACAUUUGAAUGUGCAUACUGGAGCAAAAGCUCACAAGUGUGAAAUCUGUUUUAAGAAAUUUAAUCACGGAAGUAAUUUAAAAAGACAUUUGAGAGUGCACACUGGAGAAAAACCUCACAAGUGUGAAAUUUGUUAUAAGAAAUUUAGUGAAGCAAGUAGUUUGAAACCACAUUUAAGAGUACAUACUGGACAAAAACCUCACAAGUGUGAAAUCUGUUUUAAGCAAUUUAGGGAAGCAGGUAAUUUGAAAGCACAUUUGAGAGUGCACACUGGAGGAAAACCUCACAAGUGUGAAAUUUGUGAUAAGCAAUUUAGUAAAGCAAGUAGGUUGAAACUACAUUUGAGAAUACAUACUGGAGAAAAACCUCACAAGUGUGAAAUUUGUUUUAAGCAGUUUAGGGAAGCAGGUACUUUGAAACUACAUUUGAGAGUGCACACUGGGGAAAAACCUUAUAAGUGUGAAAUUUGUUUUAAGCAAUUUAGGCAAGCAAGUGAUUUGAAAGGACAUUUGAGAGUGCAUACUGGAGAAAAACCUCACAAGUGUGAAAUUUGUUUUAAGCAAUUUUCUAAAACAGGUGAUUUAAAAAGACAUUUGAGAGUGCACACUGGAGAAACAUCAUACAAGUGUGAAAUUUGUUUUAAAGAAUUUAGUGAAGCAUAUACUUUGAAAAAACAUUUGAGAGUGCACACUGGAGAAAAACCUCACAAGUGUCAAAUUUGUUUUAAACAAUUUAGUGAAGCAGGUAGUUUAAAACUACAUUUGAGAGUGCACACUGGAGAAAAACCUCACAAGUGUGAAAUUUGUUUUAAGCAAUUUAGUCAAGCAGGCAAUUUGAAAACACAUUUGAGAGUGCACACUGGAAAAUCAACUUACAAGUGUGAGAUUUGUUUUAAGCAAUUUUCUAAAACAAGUACUUUAAAAAAUCAUUUGAAAAUACACGCUAAAGAAAAAGUGUAUGAAUGUGAAAUUUGUUUGGAGGAAUUUACUGAAAGACGUAAUUUGAAAACACAUUUGAAAGUGCACUCUAAAGCGUCGUUUAAACACAACGACAAGUCACAGCAACUAGUUGUGAUGACAAGUUGAAACGCUGUUUAGACGCUGCGAUUCAAUGCGAUACCACCUUCAACCCAACUCCAACUUUGAUAAGUUGUGCGAUGCACCGUUUACACACAAUGAUAAGUUGCAACAACUCGAUUGACCUUGAUAAGUUGUUUGAUUUAUCGCUGUGUUUAAACGAUCCUUAUAGAAAAGUAUUGACAUUUGUUCUAAGCGGUUCUAUGACACCUCGUAACGCGGCAGUUCGUAGCGGCGACACUUCGUAACGGCGACAGUUUGUAACUAUACAUAUUCCUAACGGAACAAUUCAUAACGCCGGCGCAGUCAUUUAUUUAUUUUUUUCAAAUUUAGUAUUAUUGAAUUUAUACAAAAAUUUAUUUUGCAUACAUCCCUACUAUAUUAAAAGUAAUGGUACUGUUUUUAAGACCACUUCUUGUUAAAUAUAUUUCACACAUUUUUAAUAUAGGUAUUCUUUUUAAUAUGACAACUAAAGAUUUUUUUUAAUUUUUUUAAUUUUAAUAAUUAUCACUUUAAAGUAGUAAAACUAAAGGCGCAAAAAGAAUGACACAAAAUAAAGACAGUUUAAUAAUGAUAAUACUGUAUUUACUCUAAUAAUUUACAUUACUAGAUUAUGUUUAUUUUAAGACAUAAUAUUAAAAAUAUAAUUAUUAACUAUUUAGAUGGGAAAUAAGCCACAAUUAAAUUGAAAAAACUAAUUUUAUUAACGUUUCGAUCCAAAAAUCGGGUAUCGUUGUCAAAAUACAAAAUACUGUAUUUUGGUAUUUUGACAACGAUACCCGAUUUGGGCAUCGAAACGUUAAUAAGAUUAGUUUUUUUCAAUAUAAUUGUGGCUUAUUUCCCAUCUAAAUAGUUAACAAUUAAAAAAUGUCACAAGGAAAUAGCUUCAGAACAACAUUAAAAAUAUAAUGUCUCCACGAAAUUUGAAAUGUGUCAAAAAUGUUUAUCCUGAUAAUGGUUCGUUAAAUUUAUGAUUGUAUUUAACUAAUUUCAAUUGUAUUUAACUGUAAUAAAAGUUAGUUUUCAGUAGUAAUAACCCAAGGACAUUGAUAAUUGUUCGAAAAAUUUUUAUAACAGAUUUCGAAAGCUUGUUGCUUGGAAACAGACCGACGCCGUAGGCGGAGGUCUGUUGCCUGUAAGCAACAAGCUUGAGAAAGUUGUUAAAAAAUUUUUGAGCAUUUAUCAAUGUUCGAAGGUUAUUCGGAUAGAAAAUUUUUUGCUGGUUAUGAAAAAAAAAUACUGAGCAAUUUUUGUGUAAAUUUUUUUAAAUAAAAGCUUACUUGUUAGGUUCCACAUGGUUUUGACAGUAGCUUCUUUAAACUCUGUACCAUCUUUUCUUCUCAUGUUCACAGCCCAAUCCUUUAAAAUCGACGCCAAUUCUUCCACCGUCCGAUUUCCAUCUAAUUCAUAUUUUCUAUCAUUGCAAAAGUCCAUAAACGCUUUCCAUACAAAUUUUUUACUGUAAACAGUAUUCUUUGGUAUAUUUGAUUCGAUAAUUUCAUUAAUAUUCUCAUCAGUAUUACAACCAAAUCGUGACAUUUUAAAAUAUUGAAUAUUUGAAAUGUCAAAAUCGAAAUGAAACGAAAUGUAGGUAUCCAUAGCUACAUGAUUGAGUGAAAACAGCCCAUGGGAUCUGUUUUCAGUAUAAUGUUGGUUUUAUUGGUUGUAUUCAAUCAGAUGACCACAAAUUAAUUGAUUUCAUUGGAUUUCUAAUUGAGCAAAAAAUUUUCACGUUAACAAAACUAAACAGGAUAAUUAAAUUUUGUCGUUACGAAUUGAACCGUUACGAAUAUGUAUGUACAUGUACAGUUACGAACUGUUGCCAUUACGUUCUGUCGCGUUACGAUCUGUCGCCGCUACGAAUUGUCCGUUACGAUUUGUUGGGUUACGAGAUGUCUUGUCACGGUGCAGUUUAGUGAGGCAAAAACCUUAAAAAAAUAUUUUGGAAAAAUAGAUUUACUAUUAUUAUUAAAACUGUAAGAUUUAGAAACAUCUUUAUACUUUAAGUAAUAUGUUCGCUAUACUUUUUAGUUUUAAGUUCAUGGGCACUGUGUGACACGUUUUUGUCAAGCUUUUAGCGCCAUGUUGUAUCUUUUAGUUUUUAUUAAACUCCUCAAAAAAU